AUGGCUUCCCUCAAUCUGUCCUCGUGUGCCCAGAUUGAUGAUACCUUUGGCCCUUAUGCGCUACACUGUCGGAACAGCUUUGAUUUUACUCUUCUCUUUGAAGAGACGCUCCUGACCAUUGUUCCCAUCGGCCUUUUAAUGCUUAUUACCCCAUUUCGCAUCUUCUAUUUAUUAAAAAAGCAGAAAAAGGUCAACGAUGGCCCAUUAAUACAUUUGAAACUCACAGCCCUAUCUGCAUUUGCAGUACUUCACCUAAUGCUCCUCAUUCUUUGGACCCGACCAUCCGCCGACAGAACUCGAACUUCGCUGGCGACUAGUGCCCUCACCCUCGCGGGUGCCGCUGGCUUUUGCCUACUAUCCUAUUUCGAGCAUGUUCGUUCCGUCAAGCCAUCGUUUUUGCUUAAUGUCUAUUUCCUGUUUACUAUCCUUUUCGAUGCCGCCCGGUCGAGGACCCUGUGGCUGCGUCGAGAUGAUGAUUAUGGGUUUAUGAUUGCCCUCGCAUUUACUGUGACGGUGGGCUUGAAAGCAGUUAUUUUAAUAUUUGAAGCAUGUUCCAAACGUGGAAUUCUAAAAGCAGAGUAUCGCUCCUAUCCUCCAGAGGCUACUGCCGGCAUUAUCAACCGAAGCCUUUUCUGGUGGCUUAAUCCUCUAUUUUGGUUCGGAUACUCUAAUUUUAUGACAAUGGAAGAUUUAUACAGCCUUGAUAAACAUCUUGUUUCGGAGCGUGUGCAUCAGCGAUUAGAAACGGCUUGGGGAAAAGUUACGAAAAAGACAUCAAACUCGUUGUUAAUGGUCACACUGAAUGUUCUCAAGUGGCCCCUUUUAUCUAUUGUAAUACCUCGAGCAUGCCUCAUUGCGUUCAUGUUUGGGCAGCCUUUCCUAAUCAACAGGGCGAUUACAUUUGCCUCUCAACCAACUCAAAGCAAUUCUGAGAGUAUUGGGAACGGCUUAAUUGCUGCAUAUGUUCUAGUAUAUGUUGGAAUAGCUGUUUCAAUGGGGCAAUAUCAGCACCUAACAUAUCGCGCCAUCACCAUGGCUCGUGGGGGCCUCAUCGGCAUGCUCUAUAGGAAAGCCACCGACUUGAGCAUUAAAGACGUUGACCCUGCCUCGUCAAUGACACUUAUGAGCGCCGAUAUCGAGAGGAUCGUUCAUGGCUGGCAGACGUUGCACGAGAUUUGGGCGAAUGCGACCGAAGUUGGCAUUGCCAUUUUCCUCCUCUACAUUCAACUCGGCGUAGCUUGUGUUGUCCCAAUUGUGGUGUCAAUCCUAUCACUACUCUUGUCAAUAAUCGCAAUGAACUUUGUGAUGUCCCAUCAGGCACUUUGGCUUGAAGCGAUAGAGAGGCGUAUUUCUGCAACCAGCGCUAUGCUUGGCUCCAUGAAAGGUGUUAAGAUGUGCGGCCUCAAGCAAACCCUGCUGACGAAUUUACAUAACCUUCGAAUCGAAGAAUUGUCGAUCUCGAAGAAAUUCAGAAAACUGCUGAUCUGGAACAUGGGUUUUGCAUACAUUUCCCAGGUUUUUAGUCCCAUCCUCACGUUUACUGUAUUUGCAGUGUUAGCAAAGAAAAGGGGCAAUGACGAUAUCCUUGACUUCGCCAAGGUGUUUACCUCGCUCUCCCUUUUUGCAUUGUUAUCGGAACCCUUACAGUCUCUCAUCAUGGCACUGGUGACAUUCCUUGGCUCUGUUGGCUGUUUUGCCCGGAUCCAAGAAUUCCUCGAUAAACCCACUCGCAUCGACCCCCGCCACAAGCCCACAGAUGUUACUGAUGAAGUGACGAAUAGUUCUCAAAGUCUCCCAGCAACUGAGAGAAACAGCAUUACAACAGAGAAAACGCGCGUGUCCAGCGCUCCAAGCAUCUUGGAUACGGCUAGGCUAUCCUUCCCAUUCAAGGAUGUAUCCCAACCACUUUCCGACCGGGGUGUUAUUACAGUUCAAGACGCUUCUUUUGGUUGGGACCCGGAGAAAGCGGCCCUUCUCAAGGAUAUUAACUUGGCGAUCCCUCGGGAAAAACUCACAAUGAUAGUUGGCCCUGUCGGGUGCGGAAAAUCCACUCUGCUCAAGGCUAUUCUCGGCGAAGUACCUUGCAUGGACGGCAGGGUUGAUGUGGCAACCUUAAAUAUGGCCUAUUGUGACCAGACACCAUGGCAUAUGAAUGAGUCUAUCCGCGACAGCAUUGUUGCUGUCUCGGACUUCGAUGAGCAGUGGUAUGCAACGGUCAUCCGCGCAUGCUCCCUGGAAGAAGAUCUACGACAACUUCCAAGAGGUGAUCGGACGAUCGUUGGGAGCAAGGGAAUUGCCCUCAGCGGGGGCCAAAGCCAGCGUAUUUCACUUGCUCGGGCCGUCUACGCUCAGAAAGAAGUCGUGAUUUUGGAUGACGUUCUAAGCGGUAUCGAUGCCUCGACUGAAAAUCACAUCUUCCAUAACCUUUUUGGGCAUAACGGCUUGCUGCGCAGCCUCCACUCAACUGUGAUCCUUGUCUCUUCCUCGCGUAAGAUCCCCACCCCCACCAUUCUAGAGUUAGCAUCUAACCAGUUUGUAGCCAAGCGACUGCCUUAUUGCGACCACAUCAUCGCUCUUGAUGCCGAUGGUAAGAUCUGCGAGCAAGGAAAAUUUGACGAUUUGAACUCGACCGCCGGUUACGUCUCCAGUUUCACGCUUCCGCCCCCGGAUUGGACAUACAAACCUGACCCUGAUGCCAACCGCGAACUUAUCCCGGUUAAGGAGGAGGAAUCCGAUGGGCUACGCACGAAUGAAGCCCUUGAGGCCGCAGCAAACAGGAGAACUGGUGACGUGAAGAUCUACCUGUACUACAUUGGAUCUGUCGGCUGGCUUGCCGCCCUUGCCUUCGUAAUUUUCGUCUGCGGCUUCGUGUUCUGCAUCGCCUUCCCAUCGAUCUGGCUCAAAAUGUGGGCCACUGCAAACAGCGAACGGCCGUACGAAAGACUUGGAUAUUAUCUUGGGAUUUAUGUGAUGCUAGGCUUCCUGGCAAUUAUUUGUCUCAUUGCUAGCUGCUGGCAAAUGAUUAUUACUAUGGUACCAAAAUCCGGCGAAACUUUCCAUUUGACACUUCUCCAGACAGUACUCAGCGCGCCGAUGUCCUUCUUUUCUACCACCGACAUCGGCGUCACAAUCAAUCGCUUCAGCCAAGACUUGCAGCUUAUCGACAUGGAAUUGCCCGUUUCGGCGCUUAAUACCUUCGCCACCUUUGUUCUCUGUAUCGCGCAGAUGGUGCUUAUCGGUGUUGCAUCCAUCUAUGCUGCGAUAUCGUUCCCUGUCGUUCUCGGCGCUCUCUAUUUCAUCCAGAAAUAUUACCUGCGAACGUCCCGCCAACUCCGUUUUAUGGACCUCGAGGCCAAGGCCCCGUUGUACUCUCAAUUCACAGAAUGCCUAAACGGCUUGGCUACUAUCCGAGCAUUUGGAUGGCAAAAGGCACUGGAGGAAAAGAACCGUGCCCUUCUCGAUCGGUCUCAGAAGCCAUUCUAUCUUCUAUUUUCAGUCCAGCGAUGGCUAACCUUAGUUUUGGACUUGCUUGUUGCCGCUAUUGCUGCGCUGUUGAUCAUUCUCGUGGUUAAACUCCGUGGUACCAUCGGUGGCGGCUAUGCUGGUGUUGCACUGCUGAAUAUUGUUCAAUUCAGUCAGAGUAUUAAGCUGUUGAUUACGUUCUGGACCACGCUCGAAACUCACAUUGGUGCUAUUGCACGUAUCAAGGUAUUCAACGAGACAAUGGUGCCUGAGGACAAAGAGUCUGAGAAUUCAACGCCUCCCACCAACUGGCCGGGAGAGGGCGGUAUCGAGUUUAAUAAUGUGUCUGCUGAAUAUCGGCCUGGCGAGCCCGUCCUCAAGAACGUAACGCUCAAAAUCAACCCAGGCGAGAAAGUUGGCAUUUGUGGCCGAACGGGAAGUGGGAAAAGCUCGAUGGUGCUGAGUAUAUUCAGGAUGAUCGAACUCAGCGGCGGCACGAUCACAGUCGACGGCGUCGAUAUCAGCACGAUACCCCGACAUGAAGUUCGGUCCCGAAUCACGGGUGUGGCGCAAGAUGCGUUCAUCCUCAAGGGGUCGUUGCGGCUCAAUGCCGACCCGACUGGAUCGCUCGCGGACGGGGCGAUUGUUAAUGCGCUGAAGAGCGUGCAUCUGUGGUCUGUGGUUGACGAGAACGGCGGGCUGGAUGCGGACAUCGACGACCUGCACCUGUCGCAUGGGCAGAAGCAACUGCUCUGCCUUGCGCGGGCGAUGCUCCGGCCCAGCACGAUCUUGAUUCUCGACGAAGCCACCAGCAAUGUGGACAGCAAGACGGACGAGAUCAUGCAGCGGGUGAUCCGAGAGAAGCUCUCGCAGCACACGAUCAUCGCAGUGGCUCACAAGCUGGACACAAUUCUGGACUUCGACAAGGUGGCGCUGCUGGAGGCGGGCGAGCUGAAGGAAUACGACGACCCGUACACGCUGCUGUCGCGCGACUCGGAUUUUGCCAAGCUGUACGCCAGCACGAUGUCGGAGCAGCCGGACGAGGUGGGGAUCCUGACGGACGACAUCACGGUGUCGUCGCGGGCGGGGGUGUCCCGCUGA